UACAUUUGGAUUUAUCACCAAAUAAUAUAAUGUAUUUUCGUGAUGAAAACUGGAAAUUGGUGGAUUUUGAUUCUGCAUGUAUAGCAGAUAAUACUUAUGUGCCUAAAAUUACAACAAUAAAAUAUUGCAGUCCUGAAUUAAUACAAGCUGAAGAAGAUGGAAAACAGAUAAAAGCACAAUUUACCAUGGAUAUGUACUCAUUUGGAUUAAUUUUAUAUUACAUUGAAAAUGGUUAUUGGAAUAUUGCCAAUCAAAAAUAUCCUGAUAAAGAGUUACUGAUGACUACUUUUAGGGGAGAUGCUCAUGCUAUUUAUGUUAUUAAAAGUUUGUUGGAAAAAAAUCCUAACAAAAGAAUAACGUUGGCUCAAUUUAAAGAAACAACAUAUUAUGAGAGUUUAUCAAAAGACAACACCCAAAAUGAAACCAUUGUAGAAAGCAAGUAUUCUUUUCUCAGACAGGCUUAUCAUGAAAAAUGUAAAGUGCAAAUUGAAAAAGAGGCCAAAGAACUUAAUCCAGAUAUAAAAGAUGAUGAAUUAAAACAAAUGAAUGUUGAUUUACAACAGGAACAAUCUUUGGUGUUCUUGGAAAGAUAUCAUCAAGGAAUCAAAAUAUGUUUGAAAGAGAUGAACAAGAAAGUAGAAGAGU